AGUUACUUUGGGUUGCCGGGGGUUGGCUUUGAAAUGGUUCCCCUGUUGCUGACCGUGUCCUUCAUCGCAGAAAAAGACGUACAAACUGUAUGGGAUGGUGAAUCACGUGGGCGGACUGAGCGGCGGACACUACACAGCCACCGUCCUGUCCAAGAAGGACAAAUCCUGGUAUGAGUUUGAUGACGCUCAAGUCAGAAAGGCUGGAGGACAACCGUCUGCUAACAAGAUUUACAACUCCAGCAUUGCAUAUCUCCUGGCGUACAGAGGGAAGGACAAAGGGGGACGUUCAAGCGGAAAGAAGAUCAAAGAAAGAUUGAAAAUAAAGAGACCCGAGAAGAAGAAGCAAAAAGCCCAAAAGUCUCCGAAGUCCAAAGAGACCAUGGCAGAAGAUGUGGCAGGCAGGGUGGAGGAACAAGAGGGUGAGGUUAUCGGGCCAGAAGAACAGAGAGAAGACGAAGACCAGCAAGAAGAUGAAGAACAGAAAGAACAUGAAGGCGAGGAACAUCAAGAAGACGGAGAACAGAAAGAAGAUGAAGAACUUGAAGGAAACGGCAGCGGACGAAACAGCGAUGAUGAAGAAACCACACAGCUCGGGCGCCAUGAAGAGGAUGACGGACAGAUGAGAAAGGAAAGGGAGGAAGAGAGACUCCAGGAUGGAGGAGAUGAAGUCGCAGAAAAUCGAAAGCCUGCCGUGACCCGUUCAGACGAUCUGCCAGACACGGAAACGACAGCCCUCUAAAAGAACUGAAAGGAGACGAAGCAGAGAAGUAGGAGAAAAAGUCACUGGUGAUGAAGAAGAACACGGAUUGUAAAACUCAUUCAACUGAGGAACGGGAGCGAAUAGAUUGACAAAAGAGAGAUUUUGCCAUCGAGUUUGACCCGAGUUCUCAUUAGUUUUUGUUUUUUUAAUUAUUAUUGUUAUUAUUCAAUAACACAUUUCUGAAAGUGUAAAUGACGCCAUGUUUUCUAUCCAAUCACAGGAGAAUUCUCCUCGAUCCAGCCAGAAUACGUCCAAGAUCAUGAGAACACAACUUUAGUCUAUAACACAAAUCUUAAUAAAGGUGCACUUUGUAGUUUUGGGGACGACAGAUUAAUCUGGAGAGAAAGUUCUUGAUUGACUGUUUUUCGAGCUUCUAACACUUCUAACGCACUAAUACUUUACUUCAUAUUUAACCCAACCUUAACCUUAUUUUCCUCUGAGAUCAGCUUGUUUAUUCACUUAUGGGAAAAAAAUGAAUAUUUCUGAGUUUGUGUCACUGCCUCAUUGAUACUGUAAAUAUUAAAAGUUAGAGUUUGAAUUUCUUCUCCAAAACGACAUAGUGCCCCUUUAAUAUAAGUAAAAGGACCAGUCCGUCCAACUUUAACACUUAACUGUAUCCUAUACAGGUGCAGAAAAGCAAAUCGCUCCGCUUUUCAACCACUAGAUAUUAAAAUAAACAAGAACAUAACUGGUGUAUGAAUUGGUUGACCAUCAUGUGUACAGUUGUCUGAAUUUUCUAU